AUGAAUCCAAAACUAUCUACAAAUUCUGAAAAUGAGCCUCAUAAUUCUCAAGAUGCCAACAGAAGUAAGAGUACAGUGCAAUUUAAAUCCAAAGUUAUUAAGAAUAAGUCAGUAACAAAAACUCUUAAAGAAAAUAAUGUGUCUGUUAAGCCAACAUUAACAGAUAAUAGCCUUGCAGAUACAACAACGCAAUUAAAAAAAGUAAUUGAAAAUAAGGAUGAAUUCAGUUUUACUGAUACAGAUUGUGGGGAAACUCUACAAUGCCAACGGAUUAUAAUAGAUUUUUCACAAAAUGAGAGCGAUAGUCCCGUUUCACGCCAGAAAUGCAAGGAUUUUUGGGAUUUUAUCAAUAAAAACCCUCAUUUAGAUAAUUUUUUGACUGAACAUGACUCAAAGGCAGUGGAAUAA